UGCUCCGGCCAAGCGGUCCAAGAAUUCGGGCAUCAGCGUACCCCUGCGCUGGGAAUGGCUGUGAACCUGGGUAGGAUGCAGGGCGAAGAAGAGGACGCGGAUCUGCUGCUUGCGGGUCUGCAUCUUACUCAAAUCCACCUCGGCCAGCUGACGUGAGUCCUACAGCCUCGUUGGUAACCUUCGAGUCACUCUCCAUCAGCCAUGGCUGGAGACGUUAUUCAACCACCAUACACGAUUACAGAACAUGAUAAACGCGGAUUGAUCGCCGUUACAGCAGGAUGUACCUUGGCCUUCGUUUGGGUGUGCUUUAUCAUUCGAUUAUGGCUUCGCACGCAGGUUAGGGAGUGGAGGUCCGACGAUUACUUCCUAGCAGCAGCGACAUUCCUAGAAACUAUACAGACCGGUGUUAUAUUCAACCUCAUCCACUUGGGCCUAGGUGGUCCCCAGGAAGAAAUUCCUCGAGAACAACUGGAAGUCAUCGGCAAGCAAGGGUUCGCCUCACAGAUCCUCUACAUCCUCACCAUAUGGACCACCAAAUCUUCCAUUUUGCUAUUGUACAUGCGGUUAUCGCCGAGCGGUACUCACAAACUUGCAUCAUGGACGAUGCUGGCGGCCUCUGCCAUCUGGGCAAUCGCUUCCGUCGUACUUGUAUCGGUUCCGUGCAAUCCCGCGCAGUUCUACACAAGCCAACCUGGAGAGUGCACUGAUAUGUGGCCCAAAUGGCAGGCUAUCACAGCCCUUGAUAUCAGCACUGAAGGACUGAUCUUUUGCAUUGCUCUCCAACUUGUGUGGUCGCUGCACAUGCGAUGGCAAGCCAAAUUCCUUGUUAUUUUCGCCUUCUCCGCACGACUUCCAGUUAUCAUGAUCGCAGCAGUUCGACUCUACUACUUCCGGGAAGCGAUCUUCGACACAAACGUCACUUAUGCCAGCAGCUUCUACUUGGUCGCCAACCAGUGGCAGAUGAGCUACGCCAUUAUCUCACUGACGAUCACUGGCAUGGGUCCUUUCUUACGCCCCUUCAAUAAGGACCCGAUGAUGAGCUAUGUGGCCAAACGGUACGCGAGGAAUGGCGACGUGAUUGGGUCCCACUCUGGAGGGUCUCAACCGAGCUACCAGAUGAGUCGACUUGACCUCGAGGAGAACAGACCAGCAGCAGCACCAGUGCGGAUGCGCCAACGCAGCCUCUGCCCGAUGUCGUCAAAAGCCCCUUCUCCUGAACCCGGUCAGGUCUCGCCCACGUCGCAGACAUCUAUCAUCGGAGCGGCGGAGCCGCCGACAUUCCGUCCGCCGCACGAAGGUCUCAAACAUGAUGCCGAGGUCUGGGUCGGCAACCGCUCAUCGAGUGUACGAGAAACGGAUGACGUGUUCAGACACAUGAGUGACGAGACUCGCUUGGUCAUUACGAAGAAGACGGAAAUGAAGGUAGAGAGCGGCAGGGCCGACUGAGUCCAGUGAUUUCAACGCAAGCCGUUGUGCGCCUACUUUGCUAUGGAUGGAUACCCCCUGCGUACUGUUUAGUGUAUUUCUAGCGUACACGAAUGGAUUCUAGAACCACAUGAAGAUGACAAUGAGAGACGUUGAUGAUCAUUUGCAAGGCUGGCGAUACGGACCGACUCACCAUGUGUCUGCUUCCCAUGUGAUCGACAAGCUUAGCGGCACGUUCGACCAAGAUCCUACCAUCCGUGCCACGGGUACGCGGCUGUCCAUGACUCGUUCUUGUGGUUAAAGCCCUUCGCUUCCGCCUUCCUCGCCUCGCCCUGGUGGGUGCAGUAGCCCGA